UUUGUGUGAGCCCCAUGGUUCUGCUUGUCGUCUGGAGGAUUGAGUGUGACGCUUUUCCUGCGGUACGGUGUCACAGUGUGAAGGUUCCCCGUCGUCCGAAGCAGGAGCGGGAAAUCCCGGCGGGAGGUUCGUGGAAGAUGAGGCUGGACGGCGACUCCCUGGGCUCGGCGCUGGCUGCCGUCCUCUGCCUGGCCCUGCUGCUGCCGGGGGUGUGCCCGGAGAUCAGCAACGUCACGGUGCAGAACGGUAGCGGCUCCGGGCCCGCGUCUUCCCCGCCCUGGGGCAACACUGCCGACAGUUCGGUGAUCACCCGCGCCGUCGCCGUGGUUCUCGCCAUCAGCGGCCUCGGGCUCGUCUACCUGCUGGUGCGGGGCCUGCGGUUAAAGAAAACACAAAGAAAGAAGUACGGGCUGCUUUCCUCCUUUGAUGACCAUGUAGAGAUGGCUCCAAUGGAUACAGAUGACGAUGACACAACUUUAUUCGAAGCAAAGAUCAUGAGGAGGAGCGUUAACUACACUGCCUCACAAUCUUGCUGACUUUGCAGCCACUCAAUUCUUCAAGACAUGCUCCACUGCUUUGCUAUAAUAAGCACCCGAGGGACUUACAGUGAAUGUGACAUUACUUGUUGUGCAGUUUUAAGAAGCUCCCUGUCACCCACUGAUUACCAACCAAUGACUGAAAAUAUUCGUCUGGUUUUGUGUGGGACUGGACGGGUAACAAUUCCAGCACAAACAGGCUCUUCAAUGAAGGAAACAGUGACUUUCUUCAGCUUUGGGGGGAAGUUUUAUGCUGACAUUGAAAUUUCUGUAUCAUUUUGUGUCAGUCAUUCAGAAGAUGAGUUGAAGAUUUGUCUGAAUGAAUUGUUUUUCUUAAAAUUCUACUUCACAGCAAGUGGGAUUUGCAAACCUUAAAACAUAAUUUUCUGUAAUGAAAUAUUUGCAUUGAUGUUGUUGUACGUAGUGGAAUGAUUGCUCUUAAGCCAUUCACUGUGGAUAACUGUAUAUAUACAACAUGGGGGCAAUGUUGUAUAAAUAUUUGGUGGUUGGCAGAGAACAGAUGCUCUUUGGAAGAAAUAAGUAAACCUUUUGCCUCUUGUGGCACACCGUGUUUCAUCCAUCUUAAAAGCUGUCCCCAGAGCCAAAGUUAAAUAGCCAUGGCCCUCCCAGCAACAGGGCUAUAUUACGCUUAAAACAUAGCAGCAUACCGUUUGUCCCUAUUAAGCUAUAGAUGGCUUUUCAGAAAGUCUCUGCUAACCACCUAAUUUUUAAGCAUGAUGUUGUCAUGUAGUAGUGCCUGCUUAAACAAAAAAGGGAGCAAUCAGUUAGGUGUCAUCGGUUGCUGUUUAACACAGAAUGCUUCUUAACCUAUUGCACUCGUGAUUCUAAUGCACUAAAAAGUUCUCUUUGGUGGGAGGAGAACGGGGGAGAAAAGUCAGGUUAAAAGAAAAUGUUCCUUUUCAGUGACACCAGUAAGAAAGCAGAGUUGUUGCAAUGGUAGCAACUCUCAAGUUCCACACAAAAAACAAACGUUACCUUGGCACAUAUGGGCAACUGACUUCAGUUGCAAGGAAGAAACUCUUCAGUUUGCUGUUGGAUUGAUUUUUCUAAACGUAACCAUGACUUACGAAGUUAAUUUGACUGAAAUCCUCCUCCACGUGGGCUUAGCUAUGCUUUUACAACCUGAUUCUAGGAUUAUUUCAUUGUUAGCUUAAAUAAUUUCAGUCCAGGCCAACGUGGUAUCACUCACGGGGUGCAAGCUUGUUGGAACUGAAGCUUUUUACAUGCCUUCUAAACAACAUGAAAGAAGCUGCAGUUGAAUUGCAUAGUUUUUUAAAUUUACUGGUUCAUGGCAAGAUGUUUUUUAACCUUUUUAAAUAUUUUUGGUGCUCUUGGUAAUGAAAUCAUUCUUAACAGAUAGGAUCCAUAGAUGUAGGUAGAGUGGCUCAGAGGGAUAGAUUCCUCUGGGAUACGGGUCCAUUCCUGUAAUCGGGUGUUAAGCCAGUCUGUACCAGAUGAUGGGUGAAGCAAUUGGGAUUUAUUACACAAUGUCCUGUGCCAAAAUGAAAGGUGUAUUUCAAUUCGGGCUGGAGAGGAGUGGGGGAGCUGCAGUGAGGUUUUGGCAGGACAGCCCUUGGGUAGGAGAAUUUGGGGAUGGGAUGGAGAAGCUGGGUGAGGGGGUAGCAGCACAGAAUAAUUUGAGCACAAACUCUGUUCGCCAUUUCCAUGGCGCGGACUGGCACGCCAUUUCCAUUCCACUGAUGGUAUUCCCUAUAUUAGAGAUAAAUGCAUGACUUUGACCCUAGUUUAAUUGUUAAAUUAAUCCAGUUAAUUGGAGAUAAUAUUGUUGGAGUUACAUAAAAUGUCCAUGGAGUACAGUAACAAAAUGCAGAUUUCACGGCAUUUUAUGCAGGGACUAAAACGAGCUUAUAAUUUGUUUUAGGUUUAGCUUCAGGGUUUGAACUGUUUUGGUAAUGGGGAACAUUAAGGAAGAAAUGAAACUGCCUUUGCCUUUUUAAAAAAAAUACAAAGUGGCUUAAUGACAGAAAUUCCUGCUCCUAAAUGGUAAUUCCUGCUCUUUGUUUCAUAGAAAGUUGAUCGUUGUGAAUGGAUUGCUGAACCAUUGGUUCACUCCAUGUGGCAUUGCAUGAAGCAGUCAAAGGCAACAAAAGUGCUGAAGGAAACAAUGAGUGAGGGAUUUGGGGGGAAAAUAUAAUUGAUGCUACUUUUGGAAGAAAUAAAAGCAAAAGACCAAAGCUGCAUAACUAUUGCUUGUUAUAAUGCACUGGUGUAUUUUGUUGUGUAAUCUUCAUCAGAAUGAAGCACAUUUGUACAGAAGAAUGGAACUCUUCAAUCUUGUCUUGGCAUUGAGCACAUCCAUAAUCGGAUAGGAGAGAAAAUAAAGUAUUCUCUAAUUUGCACCUAACAGUAAUACCUGCCCACUGUGGGUAGCACCCUCUUACUGCAACAGGCUGACACAUUUUUCUGUCUUUCAUUUGGAGGCCUGUCUGAUUGAGAUCACCUCCUAAUGCCAAGUUAGGAGUAGAUCGUUUUUCACAGUGGGAUUCUUGUAUUCAUGAGGACUUGGAUUGAGGCAACUCGAGCUCAAUUCAUGGGUAAUACUGUGCAGCAGGUGACAGGCUUUCAAUGCUGCAUCUGUCUGAAUAUGGUUUUAUUCCAGGGCACCGUUGAAAAACAAGGACAUCUUUAAGUGCCCAGUUUUCAGCGUUUUUUCUCAGCUGUUGUAGUGACGGCAGUGAUCUGUUUCACAUUAUUUAUUGAUAAUACUGGAUCAGGCAGUGUGUUGGCGGCGAGGCAGGGUGUAUGGCUGGGCUUACAGUAUUUAUUUAACCAAGACUAUUUGUUCAAAAAUUAUUUACAGCUUGUAGAAAAUAAACUACAGCAACUUCUCUGAGUAAAAGCAGGGUAAUUAUCCCAGACAAAUGCAGUGAGUGGAGAAGAGUUAAGUUGUGUUUAAAAUUAAUCUUUGUGAUUACUAAUAGUGUGGUCAACAGGACUGAUAGAAUUGCCCAGUUGUGCCCACUUUGCCUGGCCCUAGUAUUGUUAAUGUAUGCAGUCUUCCAUGUAACUGGGCCGACCCCCUGUUAAAAUAGGAGCAAAAUUACAUCUAUGAAUGUGUUCAACAGCCUGGAGGGAUGUGUCUACAUUGUGGCUGGGCCUACAUCCACCAGAGAAGCAAAAGUCAUUGCCUGUCAUACAGCACAUUUGUAACUCAGUGUCCAUAUUAGUAGAGCUUCAGGGAAGGCCAAAUCAGCAUCAAAAUAAUGGGUUGGCCUGCUUUUGUUCCAUUAAUACCUCUUGCCCUCCCAUUCUUUUCCAGUUUCUCUUCUCCAGCAACCUGCAUUCAGUUUUACUUGGAUUGUGUUGUUAAAUCUGUUAUAGGUCAGGGACCUGGCAGAAUAUCUGGCAGUAUGUGUGACCACAGUGUGAGAUUACCUUUAUUCUAUGGUUUUAUGAGUUGGCUAAACUAUUUUUGGAUUCAGAAGAGCUUUGUUACUGUACCUUGAAGCUUGUGGACUGCUUUGCUUAUUGGGAAAUAAUAUUAAUUAAGUAGGCCACGAGCUAAUCCUAGCCGACCUAUCACUGGGACUAGUGCUACUAGCCUUAGUAGCACUGAGCUGAGCAAAUGGUGGAGCAAACUUAGCCAAGGUCUCUUGUGCAAAUGAAACAGUGCUGGAAAGUAUGCUAAUGGAAAUCAGAAUGGAUGUGGUAAUCAGGGCAAUUUAAUAGCCUGCUUGCACUCAGCAGCAGGUUUUUCUAACAAGCAUGGGCACUAGCUAGGAGGGGAGGGGGAAAUAGGAUCAUUCCAGGAACUGUUGCUUGGUGGUGCAGUAUCACAAAGCAAUGAGCUGGCAUGGAGAAAAUGGGCUGAAUGGCCUCAUUCCAUGCCACGUAUUUCUAGCUUUUUAAUGCUGCAAUACAGAGAGGACUGAAGAAUUCUUCCACCUUGAGCAAAUGUACUCCGGCAGAAGGCUGCACAUGGAGGCAAAGUGCUAGGAAAGGAGCAAACUGGACAAACACAAGUCAGAUUAUUCUUUGAUGAAUGUGCUUAUUUACAAAAACACAGCAUUUGGUCCCAGAUGGUUUGCUCCAUUCUUGUUUUUAAAUCAGCUGAGCAGUACAAAACCAGCAAAUGUGAGUUACAGCAAGUAUCAUCGAGACAUUAAAGAUGCUGCUGAGCAUUCGCAUAGUGUGAGAGGAGGACAUUAGUCAGCCUUAAAAAAUUUAUGGAUUAUGUUAUGUCCUUGUACUAAUCGAGAGGAAAAAAAACUUAAAAGUAAAAUUUGUACUUAACAGAAGAGUAAAUCACUUUGUGUAAUGGAUCACUUCAUGGUACAUUAGCCAUUUUCUUCUCCAGAGAACAAAACAAGUUUAAUUUUGAAAAUACCUGUUUCAAAUGUGUGUUUGUCUGUUUUGUUGCCUGCCAAAUGGUGAGAUUCAGAAAACGUGAUGAGUGUGUGUUUAGCAUGUAAAUGAACAAUUGAUUUUAUUUUAAUCAGUGUAAAAUGUUUUUACUCAAAAGGAAAAUCUUCAUCCUUGGUGAACUGGCUGGCUCUGGGUAAAAGAGUCUAUGGAGAAUUGUGCUGUCUCACAUUCCACUAAUGUUUUGGAAGUUACUUGGUCCCAGGUUUGGGAAAGGGGGCUCCUGCUUUUUACUGCCCACCAAUAUCCCCUCCUGAGGAAAGCCAAUGGACAAUGAGCUGAAUUAGGAACUGAGAUUUCUACCUCCCCAUCCCCUUCUAGCCUUGCAGGUAAAGAAUAGCCACGUGGAAUGAGUACUGGAGCAACGCAUCCAGACUAAGCAUGUUGUCCCUUCAUUGAGAGGGGGAAGAAAAUUUAAUGCAGUCAUUGAACAUUUGAGCGGUUACUGAGGGAGUUGGUCUGUGCAGCUAGUUUGUGUACUUUGUCCUCUCUUCAGUACCAGCAUAGUUAUUAUCAUUCCAGAUUGUUGGAGGAACUAACUCCAAACUAAUAUUAAAAGUCACAUAAUAAUGCAUUGUGAUCUUGAAGUGAAAUGACGGAUCAGUUAAAUGCUUCAUGUGAUCUCCCAUUGGUUUAUUUUGGUUUUCUGUUAUGGGGCGGUGUACGUUGCACUGAAGGGCUGUUAUUUUCAAUUGGUUGGAGGGUUGAGGUAAAACGAACACUUCUUAUAGGGUGGAGUCUGUCCCUUUGCAGCAUUAUCUUGUUAAAACACUGAUCAAGGUAAUCAGAUCAUAGUAUCUGUGGGGAUAUUGAUGGGAGCAUUACUUAACUGUCUGUGGGCAAAUUUUAUUCAGAUUGAUGUGGACCAUAAGUCAGGCUAAAGUCCUGGGAACCAGAGAACAUGGGAACGUAAUUUAUCUUCAUCUCCAGAUGGGUGGGUGUGCAAGUGACUGGAAGUGCUUAUGAAAUUGAUUAAUUAAUUAAUCGUCAUCAUCCAAACAAACUAUUUUGUAUAAGCAGCCAGUUCUAAACCAGUGUUUAUGCUUGAAACACCUGCUGAAUUGCCUUUGUUUAAUUAAUGUUCAUAACCUGCUGAGUGUUCCCUGACCUUUUAUUAUUCUUAAUUUCCAGCUUUUCUGUUUAGUUCAAUUUUUUCCAGCUUAGCAUUCAUAAAGUAAUGCUGAAUAGAGCCAAGUCCUUUUUAUUCCAAAUGUUGUAAAUCUCUCCACUGCAGUACUACUGGAGGUUGUAUUUAAAUUGCAUUUUCCAUAUUGGAGCACCAUGUACUAUGGUCAUAUGUUAAUAAGGACAGGUUUAGAGUUUGCAUCUCCACAAACCUGAUCCACUAUUCACACCUAAUCUGUAUCUUGGCCAUGUCUACACACUUUGUUUUCAUAGGUUUUUGUUAGGCUGCUUCACUUUUUGAAACUUUGAAAUGGAUUUGGCCCCCUCUCAGUUUGUGGUGGGAGUGGGGCAGGGGCCGAGGGUGUUAGUGGGUCGCUUGAGUUCCAGAUUUCCACUAAUUGGAGCCAGGAGCUUCCCCACAUCACAAUUUUAAUGUUCUAUCUCCUUGAGGUAGACUCAAUACCCCCACCUCUCCCAAUUGAAAAAAUAGGGUGGAUGGAGAAGAAUCUUCAGCUCCUUUCAAUCAUCAUAAACAUCUUCAUUUGAUGGGAGCAUGUUUUAUUGAGGGUUGAAAGGCAGACACAGGAACUUCAGUUAAAGAUGUUUGCUGCUAAUAUAACUUAAGUUUCAACCCCUCUUGAUGUAGGUCAAUCUUUGCUUUUUAGUGCUUGAAUGAGAUUGAAAAGAGAGCGUAUUAUAAAUAUGAUUCAAACUGCACAAAAAACACAAAUGUAAAGUGUAUAUAAUGUACUUGGGUAACUUCAGUUGUUCAACCAUGACCAAUAAAUUC